AUGGUAGCCGUGUUCGAGAUGCCAAAGCUUUGCUGCAGGGAUGGAAUGCCCUUAUCCAUACCAUCGAGUGCAUUGGCCAUGAGGCCUGGCUCGCCAAACUUGAUGCAUCUCGUAUCAGGUUUCAAAAGUAACCCCGUCGGGGCGCAAUACCAAUCGCACCGACUGCCAAGAGAGGCCGUGUUACCCUGUAUCUCGUGGGGUGAUUCGUGUCCAGGUUUCCUGGACAACUCGAACCGUGCCCCUAGGGACCCCUCCCUCCCCAAUGAUCCCUACUGGAGGGCGCGCAUAUCUUCCGAGAUGACCGAAGGGAUUGACACCUUGCAAUCCCUGUACUCGCGUUCGGGGAGGUCGUUUUCCGACGGCCCUUCUUCAAACGCAGAGGGUGGGACUCGUCGUGCUGCUCAACGAGACCAAGGACAUCAACAAUCAGCUGAGAACGAGGCUCCCAGCUGUCCCACGCCGGUGGAUAGCCACGCCAGCGGGCGAGGUAACUCGUCCGGACGCCAUUCACAUUGCGGUGGUUCAAAAUACGCUCCACUAGAAAGCGUUGACCACCGUCUGAGUCCACCAAAGGAUAUGGUGGCGGUGGGAACACCUGAUCCGGCUCGAGGGUCGGAUCAACUUGAUGCUCAAGGGCUGAACCGUCUAACGGAAUAG